AUGUUUACUCGGAUAGGAAUUCGUUCAUCAUUAGCAUCACGAAAUGUAAAAUUGAUGAAUCCUUUGACUCAAGGAUCGUCUCGUUGUUUUUACAGCAAUUUUUCUUCUUUUAAACAAACCUCCAGCAAACGUUCAACAUGGGCCAAGAGACUAGUUUGGAUGGGGAGUCUUGGAACAGGAGUUUACAUUUGGGACAAUUACUAUAAUGCCAACGCUUUGACUCGGAGUAUUCGGACUGUGUAUACAGCUAUAAUUAUUGCAGCGGAUUACAAAUUUAACUUCAAUGAGGAACGAGCUGAUCGAAUUGAGGCUUUACAUGAGCGAGUUGCUCAUCGCUUGGUCAAUAUGGUUUCCAAAAAUGGAGGCCUUUAUAUCAAAAUGGGACAGAUCGUUGCCAUGCAAUCGGCUAAUCUUCCUCCUGUCUACGGGCAGGCUUUCAAAGGAAUGUUUGACGAUGCUCCACAAAUCGGAUGGGAUGAAGUUUCUGAAAUCAUUAAAACCCAAUACCACAGACCCGCAGAAGAAGUUUUUGCUACAAUCGAAAAAGCAGCUUCGGCAAGUGCUAGCAUAGCUCAAGUACAUGAGGCUACUCUCCGAUCUGGAGAAAAAGUAGCCGUGAAGGUGCAAAAACCAUCUGUUUCGAAGCAGAUGAACUGGGACUUAUUGGUUUAUAAAUGUAUGAUGUAUGUUUAUGACAAAUGGAUAUUUCACAUUCCCUUAUACUUCACCGUGGACUAUGUUUCAGAACGACUUCGGUCGGAGAUAAAUUUCGUUGUUGAAGCCGAAGCGACGCGGUCAAGCCGCGAAGCAAUAAAUGAGACAAACUUUCUAAAAGGAAAUGUCUAUGUCCCAAAAGUAUAUGACGAACUCUCUGGAGAAAAGAUUAUGGUUACGGAGUGGAUUGAUGGAAUUCCCCUUUAUAACCAAGAAGCAUUGUCCAAUGCUGGAUUCAGUAAAAAGCAAAUCCUCGGUAGCUUGUUUUAUUUUCUUUCUUUUCAAAUGUUCUGUACGAAGCAAGUGCAUUGUGACCCUCAUCCAGGUAAUAUAGUCGUGCGCAAAGUAGGCCGUCAGCCUCAGGUAGUCAUUUUAGAUCACGGGUUAUAUGUACAUGAAUCUGAGUCUUUUCGCAAAAGUUUUGCUCUCUUAUUUAGUGCUGUUUAUGCGUUUGACCGAGCUGCUGUAAUGAAAGUCAUGCAUUCCUGGGGUGUUACGGAGCCCGAUGUUUUUGCAAAUCGAAUGUUGAAUAUUCCCGUUGAUGGUGAUUCUAACGAAGAUUCGGAACCAAAAUCUCAACAGAAGUUGUUUGAAGAGCAACUUAGUCGAAGAGCAAGGUUUGUGAACUUUUUAAACGAUUGUCAUCGUUUGCCUCAGGAAUUGUUGAUGCUUGGUCGCUGUAUCAUGCUCAUUCAAAAGAACAAUCAAAUGUUUGGGUACCCGGUAAAUAGUCUAGCAAUUAUGGGAGAUGUUGCUAGUCGAUAUGUGGAGAACAAACCUUCGCCUCGUUGGUACCAGAAGCUAUUUUCAUCCGUAUAUUGGUUUUUCCAAAACAUAUUUUUCCCUGGGGACUUUCGGGUCCCUGAGAUUCCCGAAUAA